AUGUCUCCAGAGAAGGACCUGAAGGACUCUCUUCAGCCAUACGAAGCAGCUUACCUGUCCAAGUCUCUGUCCCGCCUCUUCGACCCCAUCAAUCUUGUGUUCCCUCAAGGGGGCCGAAACCCACCCUCCAAUGAUGAACUCGACAGCAUCAUAAAAACAAUAGCCAGUGAGCUGAAUGUUGCAUCAGUGGAUUCCGGUCUGACGAUCGCAGUAACCAAGAACGCCGCCAAGACUGUGCAGCUUUUCUGCGUCAAGUCAGAGCAGUUGCUGUGUACACAAGGGGACGCCAGUCAGGUGAUCGGACCCCUGACGGAGGGUCAGAGGCGAAAUAUUGCCGUGGUGAACUCUCUUUUCCGCCUGCAGCAAUCUGUGGCUAAAGUUAUAUCUGGACUGGGUACCUUCCCUCCUGCAGCAGAGCAAUCGAUCACAGCAUCUUUAGAGUCAGUUCAGGCUCUGAUGAGUAGCGCCGUUCAGCCACUGCUAAAUUCUGUUACUGACUCUGUCGAAGCAAUACUCAUUACGAUGCACCAGGAGGACUUCUCUGGUUCUUUACCAGCAGGUGGCCGUCCAGACGUGCCGUGCUCUCUGUACAUGCGUGAGCUGCAAGGCUUCAUUGCACGAGUGAUGAACGACUACUUCCGUCCGCUGCAGUGUCUGGACUUCCUGUACGAUAGCACGGAGAACAUCGCCCAGCGCGCCAUCACCCUCUUCAUCCGCCACGCCAGCCUCCUGCGCCCGCUCAGUGAGGGAGGGAAGAUGAGGCUGGCGGCCGACUUUGCUCAGAUGGAGCUGGCCGUGGCUCCUCUCUGCAGACGGGUUUCAGACCUGGGGAAGGCGUACCGUCUCCUGCGAUCUUUCCGACCGCUGCUGUUUCAGACGAGUGAGCACAUCGCUGGGAGUCAAGCGCUGGGAGAUUUGAUCCCAUACAGCACCAUAUUGCAUUUCCUGUUCACUCGUGCCCCGGCUGAACUCAAAUCACCACAUCAGAGAGCGGAGUGGUCGAUCUCUCGCUAUUCUCAAUGGCUGGAUGACCAUCCAUCAGAGAAGGACCGUCUGAGUCUUAUUAGGGGGGCACUGGAGGCAUAUGUGCAGUGUAUCCGAGCCAGGCAGGGGAAGGAGUUCGCCCCGGUGUAUCCCAUCAUGCUCCAGCUGCUGCAGAAGGCCACGAGCGUGUCGUAGGAUCCGCAAACUCAUCAGAAUAAUCUAGACAGUUCGUCAUAAGAAUACACUCGUCUUCGCCAAAAGAAGACUUUAUUAUAUUUCAAAACAUUAUGAUUCUUUUGUCGAAGUCUGAAACUAAUAUGCAUUUCUUAUUUUUUUGUUUCUGGUGUCUACUGGCUUUAUAGAUCCCUACCUCCCUACAAAUAUAAAAAAUAAUCUGUUUUCCUGGUUAGAGAAGGGAUUGAAAAAUGAAUUACUGAACACAUUAUGUAUAUGUGUAUAUGCUGAUUAAAGAAUGCCUCAUGAUUUCUUCACAAGCUUAACUUGGUUAUAUCUCCGAUUAGUUAGCUUUCACACAUUUUUUUGAUAUACAAAAAUAGUUUGGAUUGCUUCUAAUUAAUGCAGUGACGUUCAGGCAUUUUAUUUGUGAUUUAACUGUCCAAAUACUAAGCUUUUUUGGUGAUAUUCAAAACCGUGAAAGGAAAAUUAAACACUUUGGAGAAGGAAAUUGUA